ACUAACAAGAGUACUGCAGUGGAGUCAGCGUUCUUUUUCUAAGCUCUGCUAUUGUUUAUUCUUAAUAGAGAAAUGAGAUAUCGGAGGUUUUGCUGAACUUAUUCUGAAAAAGGUUCCAAUACCAGCAAAAUGUUUCUGCCUGCGAUCAAGAAACCCAUUUGCUACAGCCUCAAACAACAGGGUCGUGCUUACCGGAAAAGCUGGUAACCAGAAGAGAAGAUACAAAAGUUAAGAUCACUAUGUGGCACUGUGAAGCUUUCAAUAGUACCAAGAACAGCGAGAACCAGCAUCUCUGCCAUGACUUCCAUCUGGUUCUUUUCAUCUUUUCCCUACUCUACCUCAUCAUCUGUUUUCCAGUUGGCUUUUGUUACAAUGCCCUGCUGGUCCUAGUUAAUCUCUGUAACAAAGCAACUAUGACAAUGCCGGAUGUUUACUUUGUCAAUAUUGCAAUUGCUGGCCUCAUCAUCAGUGCGAUGGCACCAAUGUACCUUCUAGGACCUGCCAAUACAAAAUGGGCCAUCUGGAAUAUUAACAAUGAAGUUUAUAUUACAUUACUCAUUUUAUUCAAUGUUUCAUCUUUAGUUAUCAUGUACUCUACUACAUUGCUCAGCCUGGACUACUACAUUGAACGUGCUUUACCAAGAACUUAUAUGUCAAGCGUGUACAACACAAAACAUGUCUGUGGGUUCAUCUGGGGAGGAGCUAUGCUUACAAGUUUUUCAUCUCUCUUAUUCUACGUCUGCAAUCAUGUCUCCACUAAAAUAAUUGAAUGUUCCAAGAUGCAAAACAAAGAAGCAGCAGAUGCCAUUAUGGUUUUUAUUGGGUAUGUCGUACCAGCUCUUGCUGUACUGUAUGCAUUUGUGUUAAUUUUGCGAAUACGUCAUGAGGCUACACCACUGGACCAAGACACUGGAAGAUUAGAUCCUUCAAUGCACAGGCUUUUGAUUGCUACAGUCUGUACACAGUUUACAUUAUGGACACCCUACUAUGUAACUCUUUUGGUAAACACAUUUAUUAAUGUGCAAGGAAAACUUACAGAUGAGAAUUACAUCCGAAUAUUACGUUUUAUGAAGGGUUUAUCAAAAUUGUUGGCUUUCUCAAGUAGUUUUGUAAUGCCUCUACUCUACCGAUAUAUUAACAAAAACUUUCCCCACAAAUUACGACGGCUGCUUAAAAGAAUACACUGUGGAAAUCAAGGAUGUUCUCAUGAACGCACAGUAGUACAGCAAGUUAUGACGUAGGUGUGAAAGAAUCUCAUGGUCCUCAAUUACUGCAGUACUUUGUAUACUGUACUCAGUAUGUGACAAUGUUUUGUUGAUUCUUAAAGAUCGUUUAUAUGGGAGCACCUAGCAAGGAGGCUUGAAAAGAGCUUCCACAGUUUAAAAAAAAAUCUCUUAAGCGUCUGUCUAUACGUUAUAAUACCUGUGUUUUCCAGUAUUUUCAAUGCACUGAGUCAGUUAAAAAGCAUAAGCUUUGUCUUCACAGUUCUAAUAAUCCUGUCUGAAGAAAUCACUAAGGGGUUAAAUGAAGCCUUGAUUGAAUACACAGCACUUUGUUAUCUUAUACAGGAAAAAGAAGUAUUUUACUCUCCAUAUAAAGGAACACAAUUGUUUUAAUUUUAAAAGUAGAGCUAUUCUUGGUGGUGGUGAAGACAGCAUCUUUUCAAUGAAGAUGAUCUCUGUUAAAGAUCAGACUGUUCAACUAUAUAAGUUUUAAUAGUGAAGUGUUAAUUAUAAGUUACUUUAGUAUUUAAUUAAUUUGCUUCCUCUCCCUUCCCCAAAGAAGGGAAGAGGAACCUAAAAUGCAAUUCUCAGAAAGGAUAUUCUCAUGCAGACUUAGCUACAUUUUAAUAUCUUUGACAAAUCAAAUUUUCCUAGAUGUAACAAUUAACAGACAUGCAUUUAAGUCUUCAUUGCUCUCUGUGUAUCAUAAAAACAUUUCAAUGAUUCAGAAAUAUUUAUUAACUAUUUUAAGGGAAUGAAGAGACAUUUGCUCUGCAUAUUAAAACGAAGGAUACAAUGGUUCAUGAAGUUAGAGUGAAAGUAAAAUGUACAUGGUUGAAGAAUGUUUGGCUAAGUGUUAUGGUCCACAAAAGUUCAUGUAAAUAGAGUGAAUUAUUUUA